AUGAUGUUUGAACCAGCCUUCCAUAUCAAGCUCUAUACAUCAACAGAACUCCUCUCCCAACCAUGGCUCUCCGAUCUCACUAGCAUGGUCAAUGCAAGCUAUCGCGUCAGUCACACCAGCAAUAUCAAGUUUCCCACAGACAAGACCCGACUAUUGAGUGACUCUCAAUUGUCUAAAGAAAUCGGACCGGAUGGAUUUACCGCUGUGGCUCUGGCUGACAGCGGUCCGUAUCAAAAACCCGAAGUGAUUGGGACAGCAAGUCUGAAGAAAUGGAAGGACGAUGGUCUUUGGACGCCCUUUAAGGAACAUGAAGAAGAGGUCGAUCCCGUUGUAGCGGAGCUUGAGGACGAAGCUAAUCAGGAGAUGGACCGUAUGCUCGCGCAACAUGCCUGUCCAGGAGACUAUGAGAUAGCUGUUGUGGCUCUUCCUCCAGAUUCUCGAUACCGUGGAAGGGGCAUUGCCGGUCAUUUAGUCAGAGCUUGUGAAGAGGAGGUUUUGCGACGACACCGGGUUGAGAACAGAGAUCCGUCAUCUCCAGUGCGCAUGAUGAUUCUUGUUGCUAAAGAGGAUACUGGUGCUUAUUGGCUCAAGCAAGGUUUCAAGGUCUUGGGUAGUCGAAAAUGUGCUGUUGGAGUCUGGAGUGCACUGGAAGAAUUUACUAUGUGGGCUAUGAUACGUGAGCUAUUGGGACAGUAA